AUGAAUGGAGAGGAGGCUGUCUUCGUUGAACGGCUCGUCAUUGGAUCGCAAAAACCCAUCAGUGAACCCCGUCGUUUUGCAAUGCUAACCUUUGGUGGGUUUUGCUGCAUCUGUACAUCUUUCUCGUACGCAUUCAAUCUCAUCUCAGGAGAAAUGCAGAAGCGGUACAACUUCAGCGGCCGUGACGUGUCGACGAUAGGCACGGUGGGCUUGGCGUUUUGUUACUUCGUCCUGCCGCAUGCCAUUGUUUAUGACCACUUUGGCCCGAAACCGACUAUUGCUUUGGCCACUCUUCUUUUCCCACUUGGGGCGCUGCUCCUGGCACUCACGUUCCAAGGCGUUAUUGAAGGUUCUGUUGUUCGUCUCAGUGCAUUCAACGCCUUCGUGGGUAUUGGAUGCUCUUUGUUUGAUCUCGCUUCAGCUAUGACAGUAAUGAGUUACUUUCCAUCACACAAGGGCGCCGUUGUUGCUUUAAUGAAGACCUUCACUGGCCUCGGCGCUGCCAUUGUUGGAAGCAUUCAGCUUGCCUUCUUUGACGGAAGGCUUGAUUACUUCUUCUAUUUCCUGAUGGCACUGGUAUUUGCUGUUGGUGCCGUAUCCUUCUUUUUUCUGCGUCUUCCGUCGUACCAUCUGACGGGCUACGAGCAAAACCACCUCAGCAUCGAGGAGAAGGAGCGGAGGCUGGCGCGUAGGGCAGUGUAUCUUCGCCAGAAUCCACCCAGGAUCCGCUUUGUGAUUGGUAUUGGGUUGGUUAUACUGCUGAUUAUAUUCCUGCCGCUGCAGAGUGCGCUGGUGGCGUACCUUGAGCUUGGAAAGAAGUACAAAGUGGCCUUUGCCGGUGUCAUCAUUUUUCUGACGCUACUGUACCCGACGAUUGCACUGCCCCUGUCGUUCAUGGA